GACUAUAUAUAUUCAAAACAAUCACAAUGUAAUAAAUAUAAAUAUAGCAAUUAACAAAGAAAGUCACAAAUAAGAGAAAGAAAAACAUACUGAAAUUUAUAAUCCUCUCUCAAAAACUCAAAAAGGAGAUAUGGGCAGAGGAAAGCUGAAUAUGGAACUCAUAAGCAAUGAGAAAUCGAGAAACAUAACCUUGAAGAAAAGGAAGGAGGGUUUGAUCCGAAAGAUGCAGGAAUUCACGACGCUCUGCGAUGUGAAGGCGUGUAUGAUAAUCUACACCCCCAAUCAAAUCGAGGCCGAGAUCUGGCCCCAAAACGCCGACCAAGUCCACCGCAUCAUCGACAUCUACAAAUCCAAGGCCAAGGAUUCCGGCAACAAGAGCUUCGGCGUCCCCGAUUUCUUCCACGAAAGGAAGAGGAAAAUCGAGGAGGAGCUCGCGAAACUGCGCAGGAAGAACUUGGAGGCCAAGUAUCCCACGGUGCCCGCGCUGCUCAACGUUGCCACAGAAACUCAACUCACGCAUUUCUCUCUUCUCCUCGCCGAUAAGGCUAAGUAUGUCAGAUCUCGACUCCAAAUGUUGAGGAACAGCAGGCAGGCUGCGGCCUUAACCACUGGAUUUUACUAUCCACCGCCACCGCCACCGCCACCGCCGCCCCUAGAGCACAUGAUUCCGAUGAAUGAGAAUAUUAAUCUGUUUGAGACUAUCCAAUUCAAGCGCCAACUUUUCUUCGAAUCGGCGGCCAGCGGGUAUUGGCCGCCGCCGCCGCAACCCUAUAUGCCGCCGCCGCAACAGCAUUUCUCGAGCUCGGAGGAGUUUAUUGAGUAUCAGAUGAGGAACCACUACACAUCGAAUGCUCAAGACUUGAAUAGUAUAGCAUGGCCGAACAAGUAAUUGGUUUUCUUUUUGAUGUUCAAACUCCUCUAAUUCGUAAUUAAUUUUUUUUAUCGAAUAUUGUCUUGAAUAGUAUAUAGGCUGUAUAGCAUGGUCGAAUAUUCGUAAUCAUAUUUUUUUGCUUAAACAAAUAUGAUUUUUACAUUUUAAAUCAAAUAUUUACAUAAAAUAUAAUUU